CUAAGAAGGCAUGGACAUUCGGGAGACUAUAGAAGAAACAUCCGAGAACGAUGAAUACGACGAUUUCUCGGACGAAUCCGACGUUGACUCCGACUCGUUGAAUCCUUCCUCCGGAGAUCGUUCCGAAGGCACCAUCAAAGUGAACGUCGUCGGCAAAUCCUUUCAAGAGCUGAGUGAGCUCCGCAUCUGCCAGGAGCUUCGCGAGCACAAAAAGGCCGUGUGGGCGCUGAAGUUCAGUCCCGAUGGCGAGUAUCUCGCGUCUGCCGGCGCCGACGGCGUGAUCUGCGUGUGGAAAGUCCGAACGGGGACGCUGGGGCGCGACUCGAGGAGCGACCUCAUGCAUGUGUUCGAUGAAGCGCCUGUGCGGAAAUACGCAGGACACACCUCGCACAUCGUGGAUUUGGCGUGGUCGAAAAGCGGGUUUCUUCUCUCCGCGUCGCUGGACUGCACGGUUCGCUUGUGGCACAUCCACGAUCCCUCCUGCCUCUGCGAGUUCCGGCACAAAGACAUGGUCACCUCCGUGGACUUCUUUCCCGAGGAAGAGAGCUAUUUCCUCUCCGGAUCCAUGGACAGGAAGCUCCGCAUCUGGUCCAUUCCGCAGGGAUGCGUCCUCAAGUGGGUCCAGGCACCCGCGGUUAUCUCCACUGUGACGUUCUGCCCGGGCGGACGGCUCUGCGCCGCGGGACUGCUCGAUGGGCAGGUGAUCUUCUACUACUCGGACGGACUGCGGUACUUCACGCAGACCGAGUGCAGGAAUCACCGCGGGAAAGAUAAGAGGGGGAGGAAAGUCACGGGGAUCGCGUUUGUGGAGCGCAAUGAAGGGCAGUGUAUGGUGGUGACCACGAACGAUAGUCGGAUUCGAUUGAUUUCGAUGGACACGUUCGGGCUCAUUAGUAAAUAUAAGGGUCAUGCCAACCGAAGUCGGCAAUUCCGAGCAUCGAUUAGGUCGAGGUGUAGGGAAGGAGUUAGAAAUAGUAGCAAUGAGAAGUACAUCGUGUGCGGAUCGGAUGACGACAGAAUGUAG